AUGUCUGUCGAGCUCGAUCCCGUAGAGCUUGGUUUCAAGCGACCCUUUCAGCAUGAAGUGUCGCAGACUCUCCGCUUGAAGAACCCGCAUUCUGACCCUGUUGCCUUCAAGGUCAAAACCACGGCUCCCAAGCAAUAUUGCGUCAGGCCAAACAGCGGACGUAUUGAGCCUGGAAAGGAGGUUGAAGUUCAGAUUCUCCUCCAGGCUAUGAAGGAAGACCCACCGCCAGAUGCGAAGUGCCGCGACAAGUUCCUCGUACAGUCGGUCCUCAUCACCGCCGAUAAAGAGUUUGCCAACGUUGGAUCUUUGUGGUCACACAUUGAACAGACAUCCAAGUCUUCCAUCCAGGAGAAGAAGAUCAGGGUCCUGUUCCUCGCCCCUGACGAAGGUGGCCUGAGUGUAACACCCGCAAAGACCAACAACUCUGCUAGCCGCGACUCUUUGGUUCCAUCCCCAUCGCCGUCUCAGGAAGCCUUCACCCCUCAGCGUGGUGGUGUAUCUGACGCAUCUGGACCGGUUUCCGUCCCACAAGAUCGCCCGGCUGGCAGCAAGAACUUGGGAGAGAUCAGGAACGAGACAUAUAACCCUGCGACGGGUGGUAGUGCUCAGGGUGCCCUCAACUCGGCUGCUGCGAGUGUCUCGAACGCUAUUCCUUCUUCCGGUGACCUAGAGGCACAACUUGCCGAGGCCAAGGCGCAGAUUGCACGAUUGACACAGCAGGUUAGCGAAGCGACCGGUCUCCGCCAGCGCAAGACAGGUUCCGCACAAGACUCGAAGUCACAAGUCUCAACUGCUACCGAAGUACGACAGGCCCCCGCUGGAGGUGUCCCCGUUCAGAUUACCGCGCUUCUUUGUCUUAUCAGCUUCCUCUUGGCUUAUUUCCUUUUCUAA